UGUAGUUUUGUUUUUUUUUUCUUUUGGAGGCGCGCUCGGCGCAGGCGCGGAGGAGCCGCUAGGGGGCGGUGUUUGACCGCAACGCUGCAGAAAGCGGCGAAAGGCGAAAAAGAAGAGAACUCAGAAGCAGAGAGAGAAGCUCCGACGUUUGGUGAAAUGACACCAGGUUCAAACCACGCUCUGCUGUUCUCAAGACAAGAUACCGACGCCAGUUGCUGCCGACCGCAGAGACGCGCACCUGAGGGGAUCGGUGCGCUUUCAGGCCAGGGGCAAAAUCAGAAACGAGCAAAAAAGCCUUCUGGUCUCGGGACCUGUCUGAAGUUUUGCUUCAAGGGCCGAGCGAAGAUGGAGCGGCGGCAGCGGGAGCCCGGCGCGGGCUCUCCCGCCGAGGGCGCCGAAGGGCGGCUCAGGGAGCUGGCGGCCAAGUGGUUCGUGGAGACGCAGCUGCCGUCCAUCGUCCACAACGGCUUCUUCCCCAGCUGGUUCCUGGGCUUCAUCAGCAGAAGGGAUGCUGAAGAGAUACUCAAAGACAAGGAGCUGGGCUGCUUCCUGAUCCGUCUCAGUGACAAGGCCGUUGGAUACAUUCUGUCCUACAGGGGCAGGGACCGGUGUCGACACUUUGUGAUAAACCAAGGUGAAACGGGCCGCUUCGCCGUCAGCGGCGACUCCAACAGAUACGACUCCGUCUCUGAGCUCAUCGAAUACUACAAGACGAGGCCGAUCGAGCCGUUCGGGGAGUAUCUGACGUCGCCGUGCUUCGCGGCGCGGAACGAGGACCUGUACGACGUCAUCCAGGUGAGCCCCAAGGCGUCCGCGGGCAGAGGUGUGAAGAGCGCGCCGAGACCGCAGCCCAGCGCGGCCCCCGAGCCCACGGCCACGCGGCCGGUCAAGAGCCACAGGACGCCAGAGGAAGUACCGCCGUUGCCGCGGAGGAGCAGGCACCUCGACGGCGCCUCCAUCGGGGACCAGGACGGGGUUUUGUACGCGCAGCUCCGGAAGCAGGCGCCCAGGGAGCGACCCCGGUCCCAGAACCUCUGUCAGGACGCUGGGCCCGGAGGCAACCCCCGCAAGGCCCCGAGGUCGGCGGCGGCGCCGCCGGGCCCGGUCGACGCCAGCUACUCGGAGCUGAGCCUGCUGGAGGGCGGCAAGAGCCGGUCUCUGCCGCUGCUGGACGCGGGCGGCGCCGAGCGGUGCUGCCGGCUCAGCGCGCCGCCCCGGCUCUCGCCCAGGCCCGGCAGGCCGGCGCCGCCCGCCGAGGCCGGGCCGGACCCGCGCAGCCACAGCCUGGACUACGUCGGCGACGGCGCCGUGUACCACCUGGCCGGAGGCCAGCCGGGCCGCUCGCCGUGCGCCGACAACACGUACGAGCUGAUUCCGGAGCACGAGGACGCGGGACGCCCUCAACCCGGCGGCAACACCUACGAGCCCCUGGAGGACCUCAGACCCAGGCCCUCCAAGAAUGAAAACGGGAAGUGGAAAUGGCUCUUUCCUGAUGCCAAGAGGAAAUGGUGACGCAAAUGUUAACUAAAAGCCCGACACUACUGAGCUCCAACCACAUGUACACAACGCGCUAACUCCUCCUUUAUAUAACACACCUCCUUCAUUAUUUAAUACAUGUUCUGUGCUGUUUAAUUAUUUAUUUUAAAAAUUUCAGUAAAACACCAGUUGUAAAUUGUUUUAAACUUUACCUGCAAUUAAACACAAAUCUACAAAUAAGAGACGCUAAACUGUUUUCUAAGUAAUAAUUAUAGAAAAUGUGCUGCCUGUUACUUCACUGUACAUCACUGCAACAGAUAACCAGUAUGUAUUUUUCAUAAUAAACUGAAAAAAGUAAAGGAAAUGUGCAGUAUUUGGGAUUUACAUACAUGUUAAUAGGAAACUGUGAUGCAACGCAUUGUUUGCCACCUUCAGGUUGUGUAGCGUUUCAUUC